ACCGUUUUUGAAAUAUCUCUGGCAGAUGCUGGCAAGUUGCCUCCUCGUGGAUUCUACCAUCUUGAGAUUGCUGGAGUUACAGCAAAUAAAAACUCUUCUUUGAGGUUCAUCGGGAUCACCAAUGCUAAGUUGCCUUUCAAAUCCGUUACAAAUAUACGAAUCUUAGGCUCUGAGUUUAAGAAGCUGGAUAACGAAAAUAACAAGGCUCUCUUACACGAAACGCUUACGCCAACAAAAACGCAUUCAAAUUUGGUAAAACUAGAAGCUGGUACACGCCUUCUCCUCUCCCUUCGUUUGGCUGAAGAUUCUGAAGAUGAAACUCGUAUAACUGCACAUCAGGUUUUCAUUCAAAUGAGACAUAUUGAGUCAUAUCAGCAUAUCACUUUUGUCGCUGAGGAGAGGAAGGACACUUCAGCAGGAAACCAAGAUAAAUAUUAUCUGUUUAAACUGGUAGGUAUUUACAUGUUGAUCUACCUUCGUGACUUGUAUGUUGCUUCCUAA